ACACACUAGGCAUGCACGAUCGGCCGUUGCUGGUAUACGCACCAUCUCGAGCUCUCUUUGUCGUCCUCACAGGAUCUUUUUUGCUGUACCAAGCCCUUGGCGCCGCCGUCUUACUUACGAGGACAUAUCCCUUUGGCGUCAAAUAUUACGAUUCAAGACCAUCAUACGGUCGAUCAAGCUUCGUCAACCCACCCAUGUUAUCGUCGCUCCGUCCAUUGCUGCACAGUGGACAAAUUUUGUCCGGCUCUAUUAAGCGUAGUCCAUUGCGAUCGUUACAACGCUUCCCCUUUCACCGGCCCGGCUUGACCGGCCUGAUAGUGACAGGCAUGGGGACGCUCGCGGCAGCCGGAACCUCCUCCACCCCGGCCUCCUCAUGCUCCACCACUCCCGCCCUGCCCCCUUGCGCCCGCGUCAUCCCCGUUCCUAUUCUCAGCGACAAUUUUGCUUACUUGGUUGUGGACCCUCAAACCGGAAAAGCUGCGUGUGUCGAUCCUGCCGAGCCAGCGAAGGUCCUGGCGGCCGCCCAACGCGAAGGCAUUAAGCUGUCCACCCUCCUUUGCACGCACAAACACUGGGAUCACGCAGGCGGCAACGAAGAAAUGGCGCGCAUGCUGCCCGGUUUGGAGGUGGUGACGACCAAGUUUGAGGACAUCCCUGCCGCCACCAUCCGCUUGGGCGACGACGAUGUCUACACGCUUGGAUCCCUGAGCGUGCGUGCUCUCUACACACCCUGCCACACCAAAGGCCACGUGCUGUUUCUCGUGACGCCACAGGACGAGGCAGGGCCGGGGACGAGCCCGACGGCCCCUGUCCUUUUCUCGGGCGACACAUUGUUCGUGGGAGGCUGCGGCCGGUUUUUCGAAGGCGACGGCGCGCAGAUGGUGGAGGCGCUUAUGGGCCGCGUUGCCAGCCUCUCCCCCGAGACCCUGGUCUAUUGCGGGUACGUCUUGCUAACACGGUGUUUGGAGGAGGAACAGGGGAUGUUGUGGCCCCGAGACGGGGGUGUAUUCGUUGGCUUGAGAUAA